UUGGAGGUGUGGCCUCUUGAGCUCUUAAGAACAUUAGGUUCUCUGGGAUGCAGUGAGAAACUAAGAUUUGCUGAGGAAGGGUCUGACAUUUUUAAACUUGGAAAAUGACUUGGCAGCUCGUCCAUGCUGCUUUGUUGUGGCUCUCCCUUCCCCUCCCUCUGCUGCUCUCUGAAAACCUCCAUUGCUACUUCAGCCCCAUCCUGGAGAAGGAAAUAACGUUUGAACUCAUCGUGACGGAGUGCCCUCCCAAUGAGCUGUGCUUCAAGGCAUUGGGUCGCUACGGCAACUAUACCGCCCUGUCAGCCAGGGGCUGCAUGUUGGAGAAGGACUGCAGUCAGGUGCACAGCCUCCGCCUCCUGGGCACCGUCUACAGCAUGAGCUACAGCUGCUGUGACUGGCCGUACUGUAACCGGGGCGUGGCACUGGAGCCGCUCACCGCCAUGCUGGUGGCUGCGGCCGUGGCGGCCUGCAGCUUUUGACUAAAAUGUGAAAACAAAAGCGGUGAAUGCCCAGUUUGAACAGACUGAGGCAAAAACCAAAAUACCAGAAGAGACAGUUUUAAAAAUGUUUUUAUGUAAGUGUAUUCACUUUUUAUUUUAAGUAAUGUAAAUAAAUAGUUUAACAAGAGAUUCUGGAUAUUAUAAGCUGCUGACACCUCUGAAUAAAAAGGAGACAUCCGUUUCA